CUCCGCCGCAUGCGAAGCCCGCAUCCGUCGUUUCACCCCGCGUGCCGGCGUGUGCUCUCCCUCUCUCCCUCCCCCCUCUCUGCAACGGCUGGGGCUGGGUGGACUACAACCUCCGCCGCGGCCGCCCUACGCCAGGUGCCGAGGACUUCGCCGGUCUCUUCGCCGGCGACGAGCACCACUAGUGUGUACAGGCAUUAUCUCCCUCGCACCGCCGGCUCCUUGAGCGCAGGGCCGACGCUCAUCUCCCUCGCAGCGCCGCUCAGGCUCGGUCCCUCAGCGCAGAUCUUCUGCUCCUUCCCCCACUCGCGCUCAGGCUCGGUCCCAAGGAUCGGAUCUUCCGCGCGUCGGCGGCUCCCCCCUCGGCGGCGUCCAGCGACGGAGGGGCAGUCCCAGGCUCGGCGGCGGCGUCGGCGGCUUCCCCCACCUUCUCUCGCCAGUCGCCUCGCGCCCUCGCCUGCGUCCUCCGCGCACCGGCCGACGACCCUGCGCUGAGCUGACUGUCCCAUUCAAUAAAGAAGGCGAUACCAGAAGCAACACUGAACCCAUCUUACUAAACCCAGUUUUGGAGUUCUAUCUGCUGUUGGAACAACUUACACAGAUAUCAUGGCAAACCUUGCUGAUUCUUUUCUAGCAGAUCUGGAUGAACUGUCAGACAAUGAAGGCUAUCCUGAAGAAGACAAUGCUGAGGAAGUGGGAAGAGAAGAAGAAGACGACGAUAUGGCUGACCUUGAGUCUCUAAAUUAUGAUGAUCUUGAUAGUGUCUCAAAGUUGCAAAAGACACAACGCUAUCAUGAUAUAAUGCAAAAAGUUGAAGUUGCACUUCAGAAAGGCACUGACUUCUCUAGUCAAGGUUUCAUCCUGGAGGAGGAUCCAGAGUACCAGCUUAUUGUUGACUGCAAUGCUUUAUCAGUAGAUAUUGAGAAUGAAAUAAUCAUAAUCCAUAAUUUCAUACGGGACAAAUAUAGGUUGAAGUUUCCUGAAUUGGAGUCCCUUGUUCAUCACCCAAUCGAUUAUGCCCGUGUUGUCAAGAAGAUUGGAAAUGAGAUGGAUUUAACACUUGUAGAUCUGGAAGGGCUUUUACCUUCUGCAAUUAUAAUGGUUGUUUCAGUGACAGCAUCAACAACAAGUGGGAAGCCUCUUUCUGAAGACAAUUUGGAAAAAACCACUGAAGCAUGUGACAGAGCCCUUACCCUUGAUGCGGCAAAGAAGAAAGUGCUUGAUUUUGUAGAGAGCAGAAUGGGGUACCUUGCACCAAACCUUUCUGCAAUUGUUGGCAGUGCUGUUGCCUCCAAACUGAUGGGUACUGCAGGUGGUCUGGGAGCACUUGCAAAAAUGCCUGCUUGUAAUGUUCAGUUACUUGGUGCAAAGAGGAAAAAUCUUGCUGGAUUUUCUACUGCCUCUUCUCAGUUUCGUGUUGGCUAUCUGGAACAAACUGAAGUAUUUCAGAGCACCCCUCCAGCUUUAAGGACUCGUGCCUGCAGACUUAUUGCUGCAAAAUCAACUCUGGCGGCAAGGAUUGAUUCAAUUAGAGGUGAUCCAACUGGAAAAGCUGGACGAAACUUGUUAGAAGAAAUUCGUAAGAAGAUCGAGAAGUGGCAAGAACCGCCUCCUGCCAAGCUCCCAAAGCCACUUCCAGUUCCGGACUCCGAGCCUAAAAAGAAGAGAGGGGGCCGUCGUCUUCGAAAAAUGAAAGAAAGAUAUGCGCAGACUGAUAUGAUGAAGCUUGCAAACCGAAUGCAGUUUGGGAUUCCAGAGGAAAGCUCACUAGGUGAUGGCUUGGGGGAAGGUUAUGGCAUGCUUGGACAGGCAGGGAGUGGCAAGCUACGUGUCUCAGCUGGACAAAGCAAACUUGCUGCUAAAGUGGCCAAAAAAUUCAAGGAGAAGAGCUAUGGUAGCAGUGGUGCAACUUCAGGAUUGACAUCCAGUUUGGCAUUUACACCAGUUCAGGGAAUAGAGCUGUCAAAUCCACAGGCCCAAGGAAACCUUCUUGGAGGCGGAACUCAAAGCACUUACUUUUCUGAGACCGGCACGUUUUCAAAGAUCAGGAGGACGCAAUAGAAGCUCUUCCCCAUUGCAACCAUCACAUCUCAUUUGCACUGCAUUUGUUUAUAUACUUGAUGCACCGUAUAAAAUCCCAAAAGUUAAACUCUUGCUAUGUUCCAGAGAGGCAGAGACUUUAGGAUAGCAAUACACAGUUAUUAGUGAUGCUUCAAGCACUUAAUCCCAGGAUGUUUUGAGAUUUCUGAUGUCGUCCAUAGUCUAUAUGCCUCGUGUUACUACUAGUCGAGAGAGGUUGAUGGGUCGGUCAUCUGAUUGAUUGAUGUAAUGCGUCUUGUAUCGUGUGAGCGCGAUAUACUUCCCGGAGAGGUAAGGAAAUGAGUAGAAGAGAUGUAUUGGAAGAAUAUAAAGAUGCAUUAAAAAGUGAAUGACACUGAAAAUUCAAAUGCUA